ACGCCCAUUCAGUUUCUCUGUUAACACUUGCCAGUCUUUUCUUCUUCUUUUUCCCUGAUCUUUCUACUCUAGCCCUCUCUUUAAUUCCGCAAAUCCCAUCUUAUGAUAACAACUCAGACACUCCUCAUCACUACCGUUAAAAUUUCCAAUCUAUCAUCGUAAACCUCUAUGAUCUGAAUUCUCCGCCGCCGCCGUCAAUAUGAUUCAACUUCUCUUCGCGUUGAUAGUGGCCGAGAUGGGUCUGAUAAUCAUGUUCGUGUUCAAAACCCCCCUGAGGAAGCUGGUGAUCAUGACUUUGGAUCGGCUGAAGCGCGGUCGUGGACCGAUUGUUGUGAAGACCGUCGCUGGGACGGUGAUCGUUGUGAUGCUGUCGAGUGCUUACACAAUGAUGAAUAUCAAGAACCGUUGGAUCGAGGAUGGUGUCGUUAAUCCGACGGAUCAGGUUCUCAUGGCCAAGCAUCUUCUCGAAACCUCUCUUAUGGGCUUCUCCCUAUUCCUCGCUCUGAUGAUAGAUAGGCUACACCACUAUAUCAGAGAACUCAGAAUGCGGAGGAAGAGCAUGGAGACUGUAAAGAAACAAAACCGAGGUUUUGAGGAUGGAAAAACUGGAGGUUUGGAAGAAAUCAAAGCCUUGGAGGAAGAGAUGAUUGCAUUGCGGGCGAAGGCAAAGGCGCUGGAGUCAGAACUCGAGGCCAAAACAAAGGAGGCAAACGAAGCAGAAGGUAAUGCAGUUGCUCUGAAAAAGCAGUCUGAAGGGUUUCUACUUGAGUAUGAUCGUUUACUCGAGGACAAUCAAAACCUCCAUACCCAGUUGCAGUCAUUGGAUCAGAAAUAGUCACUUUUUGGUAGCAAGAAGGUUAUGUAAGAAAACCACACCUGUUGCAGCACACAGUCUCUAUUACAUUUUCCUUAGUAUUAUGUGUUUUUGUUGAUCAUAGUUUAGUUGUCAUAUCAAUGCAUGAUUGCAAGGAUUGAGAGAAGAUGCGGGGGAGAAAACGAGAAAAAUAGUAAAGGAACUAAAAUUUGGGUUUAUUACUUUGUAAUGCUGAAAAUUAAUUAAUAUUGUCCAGAAGAAUUGUGAUAUGAUUGUUUUACAGUAUAUCUGUAAUAAAUGAUUUUUUUCUGCUGUUUGACUUCUAA